AUGUCACCGCCAGACCCUUUCCGCCACCUGCUACAAAAGCUCAUGGAAGCCCAAACAAACCGCAGCAACUCUACACAUCCCCCACCAGCACCUCCUCCAUACAGCACCAACCCCCUACCACCUAGAUUCACGAUGCCGGAAUUGAUGUCUGACAUCGUUUACACGGAUGAGCCCAACCCGCUCGCGAUAACCAUCGAUGCAACCAUCAAUGUAGUGGGCAACAACAACACUCUAGCCCUAACAUCGCAACCUCUCUCGAAGAAAGACACCCAGACACCCGAAGUCGAGAAUGACGCCAGUGCAACUGUGGCCCGGAAACAGGAUAGAGAGGCAAAAGCCGCGAGACUAGCCUCCGUCAUCCUCAAAGCCCUCCAACAGGCCGAUGGCUUGACAGAUGAUCAAGGUCGCAAGCGCACUGUCAGCGUUCUUCUCAAGUGUGGCGUCAAGGUUGAAGGAUGCAACAACGAAGUGGUUUCUGAAGAGGACGUUAAUGAAUUGAAUUCUUGCUCGCUACGCGUUUCGUCUGGUGGGAGGAAGCGCGCUGCAUCAGUAUUUUCUUCUUUGGAAGGCAUCCUCUAA